CGCAGGAUACACACACACUGCAGGACAGAAGGACACGGGGACAGCAAGCGGAUAUUAUAGACGUGUAUAAACCCGCAGUGUGUGUGUGUGUGUGUGUGUAGUGUGUGUGUAGUGUAGUGUGUGUGUACAGUCCGUCUGUCCGCGUUUCGUUCCUCCAGCAGGACGAUGUGAGAGUGUGUGAGGACAAACAGCACCGAGACUCCUAGUCGGACGAUGAACUACGUGGGACAGCUGGCCGGGCAGGUCUUCGUGCAGGUGAAGGAGCUUUACCGCGGCCUGAACCCUGCCACCCUGUCCGGCUGUAUAGACGUCAUCGUGGUCCGUCAGCCAGACGGCUCCCUGCAGUGUUCCCCCUUCCAUGUCCGCUUUGGCAAGAUGGGCGUGCUGCGAUCGAGGGAAAAAGUGGUUGAUAUAGAGAUCAAUGGAGAGCCAGUAAACCUUCACAUGAAACUGGGUGAGAAUGGUGAAGCGUUUUUUGUCAAGGAGACUAAAAGUAGCAUGGAGAUGGUGCCGUCACAUCUGGCCACGUCGCCGAUUAUGACUGAUGGCUCAGCAUUAAUGGAAUCUCAGAUGGGGAAGAGUGUGCCUCAUCUGAUCGAGCCUACACCUGGGAAUUCCAUCCAGUCUGUCGGCUCCUCGGGUGAGAACUGCAUGAAGAAGAGGAGAAAAAGGAGAAAGAAAUCCAAACUAGACAGUGUGAAGCGGGAGGACAACCAAGACUCUGAGGAUGAUGAUGUGUUCCCCAUUGAUAUGAGUUCUGAUGAAGAUGGAGAAAGCGCCCCUAGCAGAGCUGUGUCCUAUGAGCCGUAUGUUGAACAGAUGAACGUUGGUCCGUCCAGUAGCUCUCUGAUGCAGAACAGGACGUACACACAGCGUGGUGAAGACUGGACACGCGCACAACGAACACGUGUGGAAGAGUCCUGCACUCUGUCUGUCCCAGCCAGUGGAGGUCUGUCCAUCUCCUGCCCGCAGCAGUCAUCCACAUUCCCAGCUACAAGCAGUGUGGGACAUGACUUCUUACCGUCUCCACCCAAGAGUGACUCGGAGCUGCUCGUCAGUCAGAUGAACAAGGGGAAGACGGAGAACCCCGAGAUGCUGUGGGCCUGGGGAGAGCUUCCUCAAGCUGCCAAGCCCACGUUCAAGCAGUCCAUCCCUGAGCCCAUCGUGGUGACGCCAGCGUCCGUCCCCAGGUCAGACAGCACACACUUUCGGACGAUCACAGGAGACGGGCUGGUGGAAACGGCGGAGGAGAAGCCUCUGGUACCCGGAGCCGGAGAGGCCUCAGCUCCAGCGUCUGUUCCUGCUCCAUCUGUUGAGGUGGAAGCCAUCGGUGCGGCAGCUCGCGCUGAUCUGGAGAGCGAAGCGCCGAGUCCUGGCUCUCACGUCCACAGCAAAACUGACUCACCAUCAAAAAGAAAAGACAAAAGAAGUCAUCACCUGGGAUCUGACGGUGUGUAUCUGGACGACCUUACAGAGCUGGAGCCUGAGGUGGCGGCGCUCUAUUUCCCUAAAAGCGAUGGCGCGGGGGCGGGGCGGGGCCCGGCGGAGGUGAGGAGCGCCAGUCAGUCGCCCCAGUCGAUGGGAAGCAGCGGCGUGGACAGCGGGGUGGACAGUUUCUCUGAUCAGUCGGGAGAGCUUCCCAACAUCGCCAUCUCUCUGUGUGGAGGACUGACGGAGAGCCAAGACAUCACGCGAGAGGAGUUUGAGGAAAAAGCAGUCUCUUAUCAGGAGUUUGCUAAUAAUCCAUCGAUAAUCGAUGAUCCCAACCUGGUGGUAAAGAUCGGAGCCAAGUAUUAUAACUGGAGCACGGCGGCUCCUCUCGUGCUGGCCAUGCAGGCGUUCCAGAAACCUCUGCCCAAGGCUGCACUGGAGAACAUCAUGAAGGAGAAAAUGCCCAAGAAAGGAGGCCGCUGGUGGUUCUCAUGGAGGGGGAGGAACAGCAGCUCUAAGUCGGAAUCUGCUGAAAGCGGAGAGCCGACACUAAGCAACAGGUUAAAGGACGAGUCCUCCUCGAGUGACGACGACAGCAGACCUGUGACACAGAAUUCCUCCUGCAGUCCUGAGAGCGUCCCCUGCUCCGCCGGUGUCUGCUAUAAGAAGACGCUCCGUCUGUCCUCAGAAGAGCUGGUGAGUCUGCAGUUGAAGGACGGCCCCAACGACGCGGUGUUCAGCGUCACCACUCAGUACCAGGGCACGUGUCGCUGUGAGGGAACCAUAUAUCUGUGGAACUGGGACGAUAAGAUUGUGAUCUCAGACAUCGAUGGCACGAUAACCAGGUCUGAUACCCUCGGACACAUCCUGCCAACACUGGGCAAAGACUGGACACAUCAGGGUAUUGCUCGUCUCUACCACAAAGUGAGCCAGAACGGCUAUAAGUUCAUGUAUUGUUCUGCGCGAGCGAUCGGUAUGGCAGACAUGACCAGAGGGUACCUGCACUGGGUGAACGAGAGGGGCACCAUGCUGCCCCAGGGCCCCGUCCUCCUCAGCCCCAGCAGUCUGUUCUCUGCUCUGCACAGGGAGGUGAUUGAGAAGAAACCAGAAAAGUUCAAAAUUGAGUGUCUGACUGACAUCAAGAACCUUUUCUACCCGAACACAGAGCCGUUCUACGCAGCUUUUGGAAACCGAGCAACUGACGUGUACUCGUAUAAGGAGGUGGGCGUGCCACUGAACAGGAUCUUCACUGUCAACCCAAAAGGAGAGCUGAUUCAAGAACAUGCAAAGACCAACAUCUCAUCAUAUGAGCGUCUGUGUGAAGUGGUCGAUCACGUCUUUCCACUGCUGAUCAGGAGCAACACGUCGGACUUCCCCUGCUCCGACACCUACAGCCAGUUCACGUACUGGAGAGAGCAGCUGCCGGAGCUGGACAGGCAGGACGAGGACGCGGGGAGCAGCUGAGGGACAUGCGGAGACGCGGACACGCAGAGACGCAGACACACGGAGACGCAGACACGCGAGGCUUUAACGCGGCGUCUUCACCCGCAGUCCCACAUCAACUCUAUACUCUAGUCACAUGAUCAGGUUUAUUUGGUUUAUUUUUAUCACCGUGAACACAGGGUUAGGGUUAGUCACACUUCAUUUAUUUUCUCAACAUUCUAGUUGUUUAUUUUUAACACCACAGUUACAGUGGAAACUUUAUUCAGUUCUAUUUAUUACUCAAGUAACUGUGACGUCCGUCUUAAUUAGACUUUAAUAACGUCGUCUCUACAAACAGCAAUAAUAAUAAUAAUAAUAACUGUCUUUAACAGAACCAGACGCUUCAUUCUGGCCCUUUCUGUUUUAUAUGCAACUUUGUCUGCACCAUCAUCAUCAUCAUCAUCAUCAUCGUCAUCAUCAUCAUCAGCCCAGGGCCGGAUUAUUAACAGAUUAGAGGGAAAUGUGUUGUAUAUGUUGUACAGUGUAUUUAACUCAAAUUUAAUUUUCAGUGUAUUUUUAUUUAUAUAUCGCUUUAACAACGUCCUCGUCAUAAACAGCUUUACAGAAUCAAAAGAAAAACCCUUUAUCUGUAAUAUUUAACAGUUUUGUACAGACGGUAGUGACGCGUGAAGAUGAUGAUGGUGGACGUCUGUGGGUUGGACGUCUGUGGUUUGGACGUCUGUGGUUUGGACGUCUGUGGUUUGGGUCUCUCAGGUCUAACCUAUAUUUUAUAUUUAGUUCAGAUUUACAGAAUAUCACAGACUUCACAUAUGCAACACUCGUGUGUGCCUGAUUAAAACAGUUUAGAAAAAAAUGAAGUGUAAAUCUUAGUCCAGAUUAUAAGUGUGUGUUGUCUUUUGUCUGCAUGUUUUUAUUUUAUAUAGAAUAUAUUUCAUAAGUCUCAGAAUCUGAACGACACAAAGCCUCGAAUUAACAGAAUAUUUACAGGUAAUGCUUUAGCUCUGCAUUCCUGUGUGUGUGUGUGUGUGUGUGUGAGAUCCUGGACGAUUCUCCCUCCUGUAAUCUACAAACCUGCAGUAGGAAGGAACAGGAGGAGAACUCAGAGCUUCUGUAUCGUUUUACUGAGUCGCCGUGUGAUGACUUGUGUCCAAGUGUUUGCAUGGAUUUACUCUCAGUUCUCUGAAUUGCCCUAAAAACCGGCUUAAUGUGAGAGUGUGUGUGUGUGUGUGUGUGUGUGUCCUGGCGGUGCUCUAAAUCGGCUACACCCUGACCUGCCGUGUCCACUGCUCACUAUAAGACAUUACUGUAAAAAAAACUUUCGGGUUUUCCAUGAAAAAUGUUUUAUAUUAAAUAAAUAAGAUGAAGAUGUGAGAGAUCAGUGUGUGUCAGAGGUGUUCAUGUGAUUGUAUUAAAAAUGUUAAAUACUGGAAUAUAAUUAGUGUUGGUUAAAAAAGGAAACGUGUGUGUGUGUGUGUGUGUGUGUGUGUGUGUGGUGCUGUCUCAGAGUGUGUUGCUCUAAUACUACAUUUCUUCAUUUAGAGCACAUUGAAAUAGUAUUUCAGUUACACAUUAUUAGUCCUCGAAUCACAGCAUACUUUAUAUGUUUCAAUAGAAUUAGAAUAUUAAAGUAUUAUAAAUUGCCAAAUGAUUUUUUUUUUGCAAAAGAAAGUCUGUAACUUGUAAACUGUUUGUGUCAUUUUUGUUUCAUGAUUUGAAAAGAAAGUGAUUUGUCUCUGUGGUGUUGCACAACGUUAGAAUGUAAAUUUAACAAAGAGUUUGAAAUGAGUUUAAAUGCAUUAAUUUAUCAUGUUGAUACUAAACCACUAAAACCACUAAAACCAUUACGAGGAUGAAGCUUUAAAUUGUAAACACAGGAUAUUAAAGUGUUUUCACUCCUUUAACCUCCGUUACAGCACUGGAUCCAGACAGCUCGUCCUUACACAGCGAUCAGACUCUCAAUGGGAUCUGAUCUAAAACCUGUGAUAUUCUUUCUGUGAAAGAUCAAAAGUUCUUGUGGGUUUUUGUAAGGAUUUGUUCUGAUUUAAAAAAUGUAAAUGAUUUGAAUACAAGGACAAGUAUGGAUAUGUGUAUUAAAAUCUGAUUAUAACACAAA